GCUCACAUGUCAGAAUAAUUAUCUGUCAUUUCAAAACAAGAGGCGUAUCGUGUCAUGCGAGGCUGCGCUGUUAGUGACGUAAUCAGCUAACCGCUCUCCGAUUGGUCCUUUGCUUCCAGUUUAAAAAGUAGCCCGCGGUGGGCAGCCUAGCGUUAGCGACAACGCACCGUCUGCUGAAUAAAAGAUAUACAGAGGCCCUGUGGGUUUUGUCGGUCGUCUGGUUGUGGCUAAUGCUAACAACAACGGCAACACACCGCCAUUCAUGCUAACUGCAGAAAUCUGAGUAAGCGUGUGUUUGCUGGUGUGUUAGCCAGCCAAGAUGAUGGAGUCUUGUUUAGCUGGGAAGCCGGAGAGAGUCGGCCCAGUGGAGGUGGGCAACAUCAAGCGGGACCUGCUGGAGGAAUUCUCUGCUCUGCCAAAGCCGGACGAAGUUCCCACCCAGUCGGAGAACCUGCAGGUCUACCUGAGGGUUCGACCUUUCACAGCAGCUGAGAAUGGAGAGUCGCAGGACUGCGUGACCAUUGAGGGACCAGACACUGUGGUCCUCAAAGCUCCUAGGUCCAGUCAAUCAAACCGACAGGGUGACAAGCUCCUCCCACAAACCGCUCAAAGGUUUACCUUCACACAGGUGUUUGGGCCAGAUGCCAGCCAGAGGAGAGUUUUUGAAGGGUCAGUCCACGGUUUAGUCCGAGAUGUUCUGGAAGGAGAAAACUGCCUGGUGUUCACUUAUGGAGUCACCAAUGCUGGAAAAACCUUCACGUUCCUCGGUCCAGACCAUGACAGUGGUCUACUGCCCAGGUCGCUGUGGGUCAUCUUCAACAGCAUUGAAGGUCGUCUGUACACACGCUGCGACCUGAAACCUCAGCGCUGUCGAGACUUCAGCCGACUGACUCCGGAUCAGCAGACAGCUGAGAGCAGCAGCAAGAAGAAUCUGUUCAGGAUGCUUAAAGAGAAUGUGACGUCUGCUCGAUCGACUUUUCUUGACAGCUCUUCUCUCAGCUCUGACUGCAGUGUCAACAGUGUCGGUGAUGGCGAAAAGUUCUGUCUGGACGUCCCCUCAACUGUUGGCUUCUCAGUUUGGGUUUCAUUCUGUGAGAUUUACAAUGACAACAUUCACGACCUACUGGACCAGGUCCCUGGACACGUCAAGAGGACGGUGCUCCGUCUGUCUCAGGACGUCAGAGGAAACUCCUUCAUCAAAGACCUGAAGUGGAUCCAGGUGAACAGUUCUGAAGAGGCCUACAGGGUGAUGAAGAUUGGAAAGAAGAACCAGAGCUGCUACUCCACCAGGCUUAACCAUCUGUCCAGCAGGAGCCACAGCAUCUUCUCCAUCAGGAUCCUCAGAGUGGACCACAGCGGUGUUCCCAGAGUCCUCGGCAUUAGCGAGCUUGCGCUGUGCGACCUGGCCGGCUCAGAGCGCUGCUCUCGCACACACAACACGGGAGAGCGCCUGAAGGAGGCAGGAAACAUCAACAGCUCCCUGUUGACACUCGGGAAGUGCAUCAGUGCCAUGAGGCUCAACCAGCACGCCAAGUUCCAGCACCAUGUCCCCUUCAGGGAGUCCAAGUUGACCCAUUUCCUGCAGUUCUUCUUCUGUGGUGCUGGCAAGGUGACCAUGGUGGUCAACAUUAACCAGAGCUCCUCCUGCAUGGACGAGACACUCAAUGUCCUCAAGUUCUCCGCCCUUGCCCAGAAGGUGGUAGUGUUGAACACCAGGCCCGUCAGCCUGGACGCCGCCUCCCACAGGUCGGCCAUGGAACUGUCCAUCCUCAUCGAUGGGGCCGACCAGCGCCGGAACAUGAUGGGGCGUGGCCGCAAGAGCUCGCUGCUCCCCUGGGAGACCAGUCUAGAAGACGUGCCAGAGGAUGAGUACGGUGAAGGGUCGGUGGUGGACGAAGAGUCAGAGGAGGAGAGUGCGAUGGAGAGAACGGUGCUGGAGGCUGGAGAAGGGGAGGAGAAUAAGACCAUUGAGGAAGAGGAGGAGUCGGACAGGGAGGCAGCGUUGCGUUUAGUCCUGGAGGCUCAGAUAAGAGAAGAAGUCAGCGCUGAGUUCAUGGAGCUCUUCAGCAAGAUGGAGAAAGACUACAGCGAGCGUCUGGAGAAGGAGAGGGAGGUCCUGGAAGAGCGUGCUGAGAAGAAACUGGAGAUACUGAAGAACCUGGUCAGCAAGACUGCAAACUUGUCCGAUAGCGUCUUAUGUCCCGCCAAGGAGGAGCAGGCGGCACUGCUGGAGGGAAUCAUCAGCUCUGUGAGCGAAGACCUGGAGAAGAUCAGAGCAGAUGCUCAGAGCGUGCACCAGUGUCUGAGUGAGCACACGCAUGUUGCAGAGCUGGAGGAGCGACAGUCAUGUGACCAAAGGCUGCAAGCCAUCGAGCUUGUGGACACCAGGACACCCAGGACGUCUGAGCCGAUGGACACGAGCCAGCUGGAAGACCACCACGUCCCGGAUCAUGCCACACACAGGGAGCGUCUGGACUUUGACACGAAGCGCUGCCGUAAUGAGGAAGAUGAGGGCGGAAGGAUGAGCACCAAGAUAGUGCUGCUGGAGGAAAACCACAGGAAGGAGCUGAGAGAGAGCCAAGAGAAGAGGACGGAGUUGGAGGCGGCGCUAAAGCGGCAGCAGGAAGAAGUGCAGACGUUGAAGGAGGAGAUGCAGAAGUUAACAGCAGCCCAAGUGGACGAGUGUCCAAACUGCGACUCCGUCUUUUCAUCUCUCGAGCUGGAGCGGCGGGAAAUGUCCAGACUGACGAAGGAGAACAAAGCUUUGGUGAACGGCAUCUUCCAGCUGCAGACAGAGGUGACCGACCUUCAGCAGCAGCUCAGACGGGAGACCGAAGGAGUCGCCAGCAUGUCUGAGCAGCUCGCCGCCGUGAAGGCCUGCCUCCAGGGCAGAGAGAGCCAAUCAGCAGUGAAAGCCCACACAUUAAACAGUCGGGAAGUCAAGGAGGGGGAGGGGCUUAGUGCCGUCACCAGCGUGUUCCACGCCAACAUGGCUGAGCUGAGAAAGGAGAGCCAGGCGGCGCUGGAAAAAUCCGCCCAAAAAUCCAAACUGAUCCAAGAACUGCAGCAGGAGAAGAAUCAACUGGAGGAGAGACUGACGCUCAGCGAUGAGAAGUGUGAUCAGCUCAGCCAGGAACUGGCCAAUCAGAAAGGAGAACACUCCCGGCAGCUGCAGAGCCUGAGGGCGGAGCUUGAGCUAGAAGGAGGAGCUCUGCGCAGGAAGCUGGAGGAGUCUGCGAGAGAGGAGGAGACGAGGAAGACUGAGGACCAAAAACGGAUAGGAGAACUGCAGCGAGUGCUGUGCGAGAGGGAGAACCUUCUGGAAGAACUUGUGAGGCAGAGUGACACAAUGAGACAAGAACUGGAGCGUGUGAAGGAAGAGCUGCAGAGCAGGGAGGCGGAGGAGCGUAAGGAGAACGAGGAGCCGAGGACGGAAGAGAAGCGGCCGCUGCAGGAGAGGAAGCACAGACGGCGACAGGAAGUGGACCAAAGCAAAGAGCUAGAGACCACGACGGGGCCGACGGAGUACCACAUGCAGGAAUGCGUUCUUCAUGUCGCUGCUUUGAGGAACGACGUGGCCGACAUGCAGACGUCAAAAGACAAAAGCGCAGCCAGGAAGAGGAAGAGCUGUGAGGUGGAGGGGUUGGCGUCAAGCGCCAGCAAGCGAAACAGGCGAAGAGCGAACAUGAGAAACUUGACACAGCAAACACUCGACACACUGAAGAUGCACACGCUCACAGAUGUGAUCCCCAAGUCGCCGCCUGCGCUACUCUGCACAGCUGAAACAAACGUCAUCGCCACAGUGAGCAAACCCAAGAGAGGACGGAAGAAGCUGUACAAGGAUGAUUGCACGCAGCUGCUCAUCUCUCCAAACAUGGCGUUCGAAGGGGCAGACGAGGCCAAGGAGAGCGACCACGUGAUCAUCAAGCGCCAACUGCGCUCCAAGACCAGCAGGAAGUGAUGUCACCAGACCGAGCGGCGCUGCUGAAAAGUUAUCGUGAAGAGUUUAAAUAAAUGUUUUUUAUUUUGUAAAUUCGGGAUGUUUGUGUUGCUGGGGGGGGUCUUGAAAGCGCAACAACUUUUUUGACUGGAAGAAAAUAAAACAGAUUUGCACCUCCU